GGUGGGAAUUUAAUGGAGAGAGUAGUAAUAAAUGCGCUUAAGCGCUCCCUUCUCUUCUCCCACAACAGACUGUGUUCAUUGCUUGUGGGGUCUCUCUCUCUCCUCUGUGAAGACGAAGACAGCUGUUUUUUUUUCUUCAGUUUCUACUUUCUUUGUGUCUAUCUUCUCUACCAAGAUUUUGUGUGUAGGAAUCGCAGAGAAGCGUUCUUUCUCUUCUUCCUCUUUGAUUUCUCGGACUUUCACUUAGUGGGAAAAAGACAGAAUCUCCUAAAAAAGUCCACAGUUGUGUCCAAACUCCAAAGCUUUGAAAGAGACCAUAAAAACAGUCUCUUUCUCUCUCUAUCUUACUGUUGAUUGUUCAAAGUAUUGUUUUUUGGGGCUCGAAAAUGACGAGAAGGGCGGAAUUCGAGCUCGGAUUCUUCGUGGUUCUUCAAUUCAUGUUUCUGUUAUCUCUAUGUUCAGCUGAGAAACCUGAAGAGUUCUUACCUCAGAUAUCACCAGAUACUUCUCCUCAACCAUUUCUUCCCUUCAUUGCACCUUCUCCAAUGGUUCCAUACAUAAACAGUUCCAUUCCAAAACUUUCCGGGCUUUGCUCGCUUAAUUUCACUGCUUCCGAGAGUUUGAUUCAGACAACUUCACACAACUGCUGGACUGUCUUUGCUCCAUUAUUAGCCAAUGUGAUGUGUUGUCCUCAGCUAGAUGCUACACUGACCAUAAUUCUCGGGAAAGCGAGCAAAGAAACCGGUCUGCUUGCCUUAAACAGAACCCAGUCUAAGCACUGUCUUUCGGAUAUUGAGCAAAUCUUGGCAGGCAAAGGCGCUUCAAGCCAGCUCUGGAGAAUAUGUUCAAUUCACUCGUGGAAUCUCACGUCUUCUUCAUGCCCUGUAAUCAAUGUCGAUGAGUUUGAAACCACAGUGGAUACAUCAAAGCUUCUUUUGGCUUGUGAAAAAGUCGAUCCUGUGAAGGAAUGUUGUGAACAGGCUUGCCAGAACGCGAUACUCGAUGCAGCUACGAAUCUAACUCUAAAAGCAUCUGAAACUUUAGCAGAUAACUCGGAUAGGAUCAAUGAUUGCAAGAACAUAGUUCACCGCUGGCUCGCUACUAAACUUGAACCUUCUCGGGCUAAGGAAACUCUCAGACGAUUAGCAAACUGCAAAAUCAACAAAGUUUGUCCUCUUGUCUUUCCUCACAUGAGACACAUCGGUGGAAACUGCAGCAAUGAGUUGAGUAACCAAACGGGUUGUUGCCGUGCAAUGGAGAGUUACGUGUCUCAUUUACAAAAGCAAACACUUAUAACUAAUUUGCAAGCUUUGGAUUGCGCAACUUCCCUCGGGACAAAGCUACAGAAGCUAAACAUCACUAAAAACAUCUUCAGCGUUUGUCAUAUAAGUCUCAAGGACUUCUCUCUUCAAGUUGGAAACCAAGAAUCUGGUUGUCUAUUACCAAGCUUACCAUCCGAUGCGAUAUUCGACAAAGACUCAGGAAUAAGCUUCACUUGUGACCUUAAUGACAACAUUCCAGCUCCAUGGCCUUCUUCUUCACUGUCCUCAGCAUCUACCUGUAAAAAACCUGUUAGAAUCCCGGCUCUUCCAGCUGCUGCAUCCUCGCAACCUGGUCUCUACAAUGAAGGAGUGACGCGUUUGGUGAUCUUUGUAUUGUCUGUGGUUCUUGGGAUGCUUCUGUCAUAGUACCAGAACUAAACCGGAUCAAGUCUUGUAUCAGACCGGUUUACUAGUCAAUUAGCUGUGUUUUGUAGAUCAAACCGGUACAUUUGCUGCGGAAAUUCGUAUGUUGACAUGACCGGUUCAAGUGAUUGCGUUGUUGAGGUUUAAGUUUCGGAAAGUCUUUUUUAUCUUUUAUUGAUUCAUGAUUCUUGGAAACCUUUUUUAAUGUAAAGAAAAAGGUCUUGUAGGGUUUAUUAUUAUAUUUAAGCUUAUAUAAUGUGUUUCUUUUCUCUACAUUGUAAUUUUUUAUUUAUCUUAUAGACUUUUCGAUUUCAGAAAUCAAAA